ACAGUAAUAAUUUAAUAUUAAUUUGAAGCAUGGAUGGAUUCUCAAAGUAGAAUCAAACUUUUGAGCAUUGUAAAAAUGCAAGCAUUUUAAAUUAUUAAGGUUACAUUUCAUGCUAGCAACACAUAUUAUGCUGAAAUGUAGCAUAUAAAUAAGUAGUUUACCUCAGACUAGCAGAAAACGAGACAUUUCAAGAAAUGCAAGAAAGCUUUGAUAUCUUCUUACUCUUCAAAAUAUUAUUAGGUAGAUUCAAGUGAAAAUUUUAAGGCAGUUUUUCUGCUGAUGUAUAAACAGAUUCCUUGGGUAGCUCAGCUGUCACUGCAAUUCGUUUUUGUUUAAGCAAAUUUUUGAAGGUAGAUUGAUACUAUUUUGUUUCACUACAGCAAUAAGAGCCCAAAAGAUGUAGCAUAAACUUGCUGAGAAGCAUUCAUUGAAAAUUGCUGCUAAUAUCUGGAAAAAAGCAAGCAAGUGAAGCAGGGUAAGGAUGUGAACAGUGUUGUGGUGGCAACUAAGCACCCGGCCACAGCCUACAUCCACCCGAACAACCUCUUUUGUGGACUUUUUGUUGUCUGAAUGAGGAAAUUUAAGCCAUUUCUAUAAAAAAAGAAUAAAAAUAGAUAAAGGUAGGUGAGGUUUAAACGAGUUUAAUGCUGGAUCUGCACGACGUGCCCGGCCUCCGCCACAGGUACUGCUCCCGCGGGCCCCACGGUCCGUGUUAGUGCGCAUGCGCCCCCUCCCUUUUGCGCGGCCCGCCCGGCUUCCCGCCUUUUCCUCGGGGGCGGGAGUUGCUGAGGCGGGACCGGCUCUUGUCAUCCCCGUCCGCCGCGAGGGCUGCCAGAGGCUCUGGUGCGAGUGGAGGAAGAAAAUCUCAUUAUGGCACCAUCGGGAAGAAAGCAUGGAGGAAAAGCUUGUAAACCAGCACAGGAAGAUCAAGCCAUACCUGCCUAUGACUUUAAGGAGGAAAGAAAAGAGCUGAGUGGAUCAGAGGAAGAUAUUAGAGAAGGCGAAACACCGGUAAUGGACAAGCAUGGAAAGAAGAGAGCUUUGGUGACUACUCAUGUCGUUCCAGAUGAUGUGGGGGGUGAAGUACAGAAUAUGCUGGAAAGGUUUGGAGCUGACAUUAACAAGGCUUUGUUAGCUAAGAGGAAAAGAUUAGAAAUGUAUACGAAAGCCUCACUCAAAACCAGUAACCAGAAGAUUGAACAUGUUUGGAAAACACAGCAGGAGCAAAGGCAGAAGCUCAAUCAUGAGUUCUCCCAGCAGUUCCUGACUUUAUUUCAGCAAUGGGAUGUAGAUGUGCAGAAAGCAGAGGAGCAGGAAGAAAAACUAGCGAAUAUGUUUCGUCAGCAACAAAAAGUUUUUCAACAGGCAAGAGUAGUUCAGAGUCAGAGACUGAAAACCAUUAAGCAACUCUAUGAGCAAUUCUUAAAGAGCAUGGAAGAGCUGGAAAAGAGCAAUGAAAAUCUUCUAGCUGGUGCACAAAGUGAACUUCGCAAAGAAAUGGCAAUGUUGCAGAAGAAGAUUAUGAUGGACACCCAACAGCAGGAGAUGGCAACUGUUCGCAAGUCUCUUCAGUCCAUGUUAUUCUGAUGGCUCAAUGGAGAAACAACUUGUACCUAAGUGACACGAUACGAGUAUAGGCAUUAGCCAUAGAGAAGUACGUUAAGAUUUAAAUGUUUUAAAGUUCCUAUUAAGCAUUUUCAUGGAUUGUUCUAAUCUUGUGUCUGAUAAUGUUGUAAGAAUAUAUAUUAAUAAAUUUAUUACUUUGGGGG